UAACGUGGGGCAGUCUGAAAGGGAGUCUCUUGUUCCAUCAAAUAGGUUUCGGUUAAUUAAAGCACCAGCAGCAACAACAACAACAACAACAACAACAAAAUGCUGGACUGGCGCUGUUGUUUUGUAUCGCGAUAAAUUCUUCAUACUUCCAACUUCUCACUGUGGAGUCAAGUUUGAAUCACUCACCAGAGUUAGCAACGUGAAUUGCUUUGAAUGUAAAAUAAACCCAAGCAAGCGACUACGGGAUUUGUUUGAUUUUGAAAGGCUUUCCCGGAAGUUUCGAUGUCCACGGCACCGCUGACUUGCCGGGUCCGUCGUCGCCUCAUUCAUUCCGUUCGCCUCGCAUCCCUCCCCAAGGCAGGCGGCCGCGGUCUGCCCUCCCCUCACGGUUCAGUCCGUCUGGAAAGAUGGCUGCUGCGGCUCUGCUCAGGAGCUCCGAGCCGGCGUUGUGCUCGAGCUUCGCGGAGGUCUGCUCGUUCCUGGAGCGCUACGGGGCCGUCCUCGACCUGCCCGAGAUGACGUUCCCGCAGAUGGAGGGCUACCUGCGCGACAAGGCGUCAGUUCCCAAACCUCUCAUAGAACUCCACGUGAAGCUGCUCCGAAAGCUCGGCAAGACGGUGACGACGGAGCGCUGGGAGAAAUACUUGGCCAAGAUGUGCCAGGAGCUGAACAGCACCUGGGCGUGGGAGCUGGAACAGAACGGCUACCAGGACAUGUCCAUGGAGUGCAAGUCCAGCAUCCUCAAAUAUCUGUGCGAGUGCCAGUUCGACGACAACCUCAAGUUCAAAGCGAUGAUCAACGACGAGGACCCGGACAAGAUGCGCCUGCAGCCCAUCGGGCGGGACAAACAGGGCCUGAUGUACUGGCUGCAGCUGGACCAGGAGCAGAACAUCCGGCUGUACACGGAGGAGCAGGACGACCUGGACGGCUCCACUUGGAGAUGCAUCGUCAGGACCCGCAAUGACCUGGCUGAAGCUCUGGAGCUCCUGAAGGCCCAAGUCUUUCCCGACCUGAACCGGGACCCAGAGCUGAAGCUGGCAGAAUCCAGGAGCAGCAGUCCCGCUGACAGGGAAGGAGUGGACGACGAUGGAAAAGUCAACGACGCCUCACAGGACGGCGGUGCCGGCGUGAAAGUCGAAAAAGAGGAAAAAAGUUUAAAUCAAGACGGAAACGAGAACCCAGCGGCGGGUGACGAGCGCGCGGCGAAAGAGGAGAAGACGGGCGAUCGAGCGCCUCUCUUCGACAACCACGUGAGCACCAUCACCUCGGUCAUCAAAUCCGAGUGCAGAGACGCAUCUGCGGUCGCCGUGACGACGACGGCGGCGCCGGCCAAGCAGGGAGCGAACAAGGAAGAGGAGGCCGAGCGCGCCGUGGUCAGGAGCAGCCAGCAGGCUAAGAUACCGCUGAAGAAGAGAGAACUCAAACUGUCCGAAAGCUACCACGGGCACCACCUCAACAACAACAACAACAGCAGCAGCAGCAGCAGCAUCAUCGUGUGCAACCCCUCCGUCAUCCAGAGCAAGGACGCCUCAGUGGCGCCGCCCGGAGGCCAGAUGCCGUCGCAACCACAGCCGGAGCUGACCAACGGCAGAUCCUCGGUCCCGUCGCGUCACGUGGGCGUCAUCCGCGGCCCGACGUCCAGCGAAGAGAACGGCUGCAGACUGGCAGAGGAAGAGAAGGACACGCAGGGUUCUAACGCAAGAACUGUGGAGGUGGAACGCCAGUCGGUGCUGGUGAGGAACGAGCCUGUCGUCGUGGAGACGCCAGGCGUCCGGAGUCCGGGUCCGAAGACGAAUGCCGACAAAGAAGCCGACGAAAGUGCCCCUUGGAGAGCCCCCGCCGACUUGGCGACGCGAGGACUUCACUCGCUCGAAAAAGGAAGCAAAGAUGAACGCCAGGAGGAGUCCAGUACUUUAAAAAAAGAGGAGGAGAACCAGGAGGUCAAGCAGGAGAAGGAAGAGGAAGGAGGCGUCAACGGCGGUCCAGCCGAUCAGUCGAGCGAGAAGGGCGUCGGGGAGAAGACGCGACCGCGACAGGAGGCCUCCUCGGAGCUCCAGAAGGAAGGGAUCCGCUUGAAGAUCAAGAUCCCGCCUCAUCGCAGGAACAAGAUGAAGGCCAAGGAGCAACAGAAGGAGGCGGCGGAGGGCGAGGCCUCCCUCAGGAGGUCGGCCAGGAUCUGCAGGCCGAGCUCCAAGGCGGCCGAGAGCCCGAAAAAAAAGAGAGGCCAAGAAAAGCAUGCAAGAGAAGAAGAGGAGGAGGAGGAGGAGGAGGAAGAUGAGGAAGAAGACGACGACGAGCUGAGCGUCGCUGCCAAAAAGGACGGAAAAGGGCAAGCUGUCGUCCUGAUGAAAAAGCGCAGGGGUAAGCGGAGACACCGGCGCCCCCGCUGGUCCAAUAUCCGCACCAAGCGCCGCAAACUCAACGAAGAAGACGAGGAAGCGGCGGAGAACGCCGGAGCGGCCCGGGAGGCCAGCGACGGGGGGAGCCACUCGGACGACUCGCACCGGUCCGAGGACCUUCCCAAGGAGGACGCCUGCACCCGCUGCGGCCUCCCCAACCACCCGGAACUGAUCCUGUUGUGCGAUUCGUGCGACAGCGGCUAUCACACGGCCUGCCUCCGACCGCCGCUCAUGCUCAUCCCGGACGGCGAGUGGUUCUGCCCGCCCUGCCAGCACAAGCUGCUGUGCGAGAGGCUGGAGGAGCAGCUGCUGAACCUGGACAGCGCGUUGAAGAAGCGAGAGCGUGCCGAGAGGAGGCGGGAGCGGCUCGUGUACGUGGGGAUCAGCGUGGAGAACAUCAUCCCCGGAGACGAGGAAGAUGAAAAGACGGCCAAGAAGAAAGAUGACAAGAAGAGUAAACAUUUGGGAAGGAGGUCCACCAGAACCAGGAAGCACAUCAGCUACAGAUUUGACGACUUCGACGACGCCAUCGACGAGGCCAUCGAAGAGGACGUCGGCGACGUCAACAGUGCAGGGGGAGCCAGAGAGACGGUCUCGGCCACCUUGACCGAGUGCGGCGCGGUGAGUCGCCGGCGCCAGAUGACGCUCGCCACUCGGAACAGGAAGCGGCGGCGGCUGAACGACUUGGAGAGCGACAGCACGGCGGCGGAGAGCGAGGACGACUUCACGCUCAGCAACAGUUCCGAGGAGGAAGAAUUCGGAGGGUCGGGGGCCGACGACGACGACGAGGAAGAUGAGGACGGGGGCAGCUGGGACGGCGCGGCGCGGCAGAAACGGGGGGCGAGAACGGCGCCCAAACACAAAGCCGGCAGGACCGCGCACAAAGUCGGGAGGCCGCCGGGUCGACGGCCGCGUCGGCGGCGAUGCUCUUCUGAGGAAGAGGAGGAGGGCAGCGACGAAGACUCGGAUCAGUACAGCGACGUGUCGGACAAAAAGCGCGGCGGGCUGAGACGGGGCCAGCGGCAGCAGGUCAACUACCGCGAGACUUCGGAGUCCUCGGACAAUUCGCGCUCGUCCGCCAAGAAGAAAGAAGCGAGGCCGCGGGGGCGACCUCGCAAGGAACGUCUCUCCAGCGACUACAGCGACGCGUCGCCUUCCUCGCGAGAAUCCGAAGAGGAGGACGAGGACGGAGGCGGUCGCAGGAAGAGGAAGCGAGAGAAGCUCACCCGACUAAGAGAAGAAGACAUCCGCGCCGAAGCCGGCCGAGACCAGGAAGAGGAGCGGGAGGGAGGCGGCGGCCGGCCGAGGGGGAAACCGCGGCGACGGAAACCUUCGGAAGACGACGAGGACGGGGACGAAAGGAGGAGCGUCCGGCGGGCGGGGAGAGACGGCGAUGACCCGGAGAGGAUGGGCAGGGGGAAGAGGCGGGAGAUGUUGUUCCAGCAGCGCCGCAAGCGGCUGGCUCAGAUGCUGAAGAAGCGAAGACCUUCCACGGACGAAGACGACGACCGAACCCCGGAGUCGGAGUCCUCCUCCGAGGAGGACCGGCCCGUCCGCAAGAGACUCAACCGCAUAGACUCGGACGAGGAGGAGGCCAAAGGGGACAGUGACGGCGGGGAGCGGGGGCGGGGGCGGGAGCGGGGGCGGGGGCGGGGGGGGCAAAGGGGACACGACGCCCCCCCCAGGGACAAGUGCAACGGCCCCUCGCGAGAGGAGGAGGAGGAGGAAGGGGGCGACCAAGAGGCCCGCUCGGACUCGUUUAACUCUGUCCACAGCAGUCCGCGCUCGUGAUCUGUUCUUCCUUGGUUGGACUUUCCAGACUGCAACGGGUCCCAAAGGUUAGGUCCAGACCGGGGAGGGGGGGGGGGGGGGGGGGGCAUUUUUUUCCCCCAGGACCCCCACCGACCCCAACCCGUACGCAAAACGCCAAUCAAACGUAACGGCCACAUGUAGCCCAAGUAAUCGCCAGAAGAUUUUCUUUUUUUUUUUUUUUUUUUUCAAAGUUGUACAUUUACAAUAACAAAUUCAUAUUUUUCAAAGAAAAAAAACAGUGGUAAUGUUAUGAUGAUAAUGUCUUCUCUUUUUUUUAGGUUAAAAAAAAGUCCAUCUUUACAGAAACAGAUUUAUUAUGAUUUGAUAAAAAAAAAAAAAAGUCAUAAUAUUAUGAGAAAUAAGUCUGAUUUGUCUGAGAUAAAGUCGGACUUUUUAUUUCAAUGUCAUAAAAGCGAUGAUCUAAAUCCAGAAAUGAAAUACAAACUGUUCCGGGGAC